AAACAGCUGAUUGUGGUUCAGGAUAUUUUCAAUAGACAAAAAGUCCAGUUCUUUGAGCUUUAGUGGCUGUCUGUGUCUCAGGGAUCAGUUUGAAGGACUUUUUUGUGAAUGGUACUAACAAGAAUUCUGCCCUCAAGAUUGAGGCCAGGACUUCGGUCUCUUCUUAUCUCGAGCCGGAGAAUGUCAUCCAGUGCGCCUGAGGUAAUACUAGAGGAUGUGGGGGACAAAGGCCUGAUUACACUGAACCGACCGAAGGCCCUCAAUGCCCUCAACCUCAACAUGGUACGACUCAUCUACCCGAAGCUGAAGGAAUGGGAAAAUACUAAGUCCAUGGUGAUUAUCAAAGGGGCAGGAGAAAAAGCUUUCUGUGCUGGUGGUGAUGUGCGAUCCAUUGUGGAGGGGAAAACAAACGGUUCUGAGAUUGGCCCAGAUUUCUUUCGGGAAGAAUACAUGCUCAACUGCCUUAUUGGAACCCUUCAUAUUCCAUACAUUGCUCUUAUUGAUGGUAUCACAAUGGGUGGUGGUGUAGGUUUGUCUGUUCAUGGAGAUUAUCGGGUCGCCACGGAACGAACUCUUUUUGCAAUGCCGGAGACUGCCAUCGGGCUCUUCCCAGAUGUAGGGGGUUCUCACUUCCUGCCUCGACUGGGCGGACGAUUAGGGAUGUAUUUAGCUCUUACAGGUCACAGAUUAAAAGGAAGAGACGUACUGAAAGCAGGUGUUGCCACUCAUGUGUGUGAUGCUGCGAGAAUAGGAGAGUUGGAGGAGGCUUUGCUGAAGUUGAGCUCUCCAUACCCAGAGGAUAUUGCACAAGUCAUUGAGAGCUUCCACAAAGAGUCUACCUUCAGUAAAGAUGUGCCAUUCUCACUACAGCCCAUGCUUCCAAAGAUCAAGGCUUGUUAUUCUGCCGGCAGUGUUGAAGAGAUCAUUUCAAACCUUGAGAAAGAUGGAUCAGAGUGGGCCCAAAAGCAACUACAGACCCUGAGCAAAAUGUCCCCUACCUCGUUAAAGGUGACCUUUGAACAGAUAGAACGAGGAGCGCACCUUACCCUCCAGGAGUGCCUUACCAUGGAGUUGCGUAUGGUAUGGCGGUUCUACCAUGAUCAUGACUUCAGUGAAGGUGUAAGAGCACUGCUGAUUGACAAAGACCAGAAUCCCAAGUGGAAACCAGCCACCUUGGAGGAUGUUCCAACCACCGAGACAAUCAACCGAUACUUCGCUCCCCUUCCACCUGAAAACGAACUUGUUUUUUAAAGGUUGUUUAGUAUUUUAAUGAUCAGAUGUCAGUGGGUUGUAGAUAUUCUUCAAGCUUUGGAAAUAAGUAAUGGCAGUGAAAAAGCAGUUACAGUGGUAAUAUAUUUUUUUAACAGCAGUGAGAGGUUUGAAAUCAUACCUGUACAGUGAUUUUAUUGCAGUAGCAUAUUUCAUCGUUCUUUCAUGGUGUUAUUUGUAAGAGGAUUGUUAUUUACAUUGUUUUAAAAUGGGUGGCAUUUAAAGAAAUUUCCAUUAAGAAUUUACUUUGUGCUUAAAUAUCCUUUUUAACAAAAAAUGCAGGUUGUCAGGUAUGUGUGUACAGUGGAUGAAGGAUGAAUGAACAGCCAAAAUUA